AUGUUUUGUGUUUGGUUUUCAGAGCCUUUUUCUCAGUUCUAUAUGGUGUUAGAAGUGUUGGGCAGUCCACUUCUUUGGCACCAGAUUUUGGCAAAGCUAAAGUUUCUUCCCAACGAAUCUUUCAGCUUUUGGAUCGGAAACCCUUAAUUGACAGCUAUAGUGAAGAGGGUACAAAACUGAGUCAGUUUGAUGGCAACAUUGAAUUCAGGGACAUCCAUUUUGUAUACCCUACAAGACCAGAAGCUCAGGUUUUGCAAGGACUCAGCGUGAAGGUUAAUAAAGGACAGACGCUAGCCUUGGUGGGGAGCAGUGGUUGUGGCAAAAGCACAUCCAUUCAGCUGCUGGAGAGAUUUUAUGAUCCUAUGGCAGGACAAGUGUACAAUGAAUAUUUACUUAUACAGAAGUAUAACACCCGAGUGGGUGACAAAGGAGCACAACUUUCUGGAGGUCAGAAACAAAGAAUUGCAAUUGCUCGUGCUCUAGUUCGUAAGCCAGCAGUUCUGCUUCUGGAUGAAGCCACAUCUGCUCUUGACACGGAAAGUGAAAAGAUUGUCCAGAAAGCCUUGGACGAUGCCAGGAAGGGUCGAACCUGCAUUAUUAUUGCUCACCGCUUGACGACCAUCCAGAACGCUGAUGUCAUAGCAGUGAUUCAUAAUGGAAAAGUAGUGGAACAAGGGACUCACAGCCAGCUGCUGGCAAAGGAAGGACAUUACUAUGCACUUGUAAAUGCACAAGUUUCUCAUUAACAUUAAUGUUACAAACUAAUCUAUUUAUGUAAAUACACACACAACCCACAGCUAAGUAAUAUUAAGGAUGCACCUCAUUACUGAGAUGUCUGCAGGUU